AAGGUUCCUUGUGUUUCGUUGCAUUACACAGUCUCGGUUCCAAAUUUCAUGAUGGACAUAAAGUCCUCAUCGAUUCCCACUCUUUCGUGCAUCAUCCCAAUCCUCGGGCAAUCAACAUACAAACAUCCACAUUCUUUUCCAGUUUCGCUCACCAGUCCUCUCUUCUCCAAACAAUUCUUGAUAGAUCUAUCUAGCAAGAUUCGAACCAACUCUUGGAACAACAAUCAAUCCACACAAUGCUCGGCAGGGUUCUUCUCCUCGUCUUUGCGCUUGUACUAUCCAUCGUCGCAUCGCCGGUGCCGGUGUCCGAAGCGAGGGAUUCGUCUAUCACAACUUUAGUUAAGGAUGCACUCAAGAUCGUUCGAGACCCCUUGUCUCAUCCAGUCGAACCAGUCUUGUCGCUGAGAGAUGCCGAAGCACAAGAUGAUACCGUUGAGAAGCGCGACGAUGAAGAUGUUGCUACCAAAGACAAACGGACGCGGCCUGUCCGCUUUGGGGGAAGUGGCAGCAAGAACAAGAGGACAAGACCUGUCCGCUUCGGGGGAAGUGGCAGUAAGAGCAAGAGGACAAGGCCUGUUCGCUUUGGAGGAAGUGGCAAUAAGAGCAAGAGGACAAGGCCUGUCCGCUUUGGUGGAAGUGGCAAUUAGAACAGGAAGACAAGACCUGUUCGAAUUUCCGGCAACGGCAAUUGAAGCAAGUAUAUCAAGUCCUCCAGUGGGCUCCUCAGACGAUCCAAGUUUUCUGAAUGCGAAUCCACGGAGAAACUCAAAAUAAUAAUGCGGCGGGUAGCGAGCCAGAGUUCUCGCCUUCAGGUCGUCCGAGUAGGCGAUUCAGGUUUUCUCUUCAUCUUCUUGUGUUUUUCUAUACUUUGCCCAGGCGGAGAUUCUUUUUCAUUUCUCUUGUGUCUAUUUCCUAUACUCUGUCCAAACGGAUUUUUCUUCUUAAUCUCCUGUCGGCGGCUUCCUUGGUAUACUAGUUUCUUAUAUUAGGUCCUGAUCAACUAUCUCUUCAAAGAAUUUGUUUGGGUUCGGUUCGUUGUUGAUUCUGAUCUCUAACUUCACAUAAUCUUAGCAUUCAUGUGCCAAAGGUUUGAA